AUGUUAGUGGAAAAUGAUUCUAUGUUUCUUUACCUUCUUUUAAAUGUACAAAGAUGCCUUUUCUCUGCCCUUUGUCUAUGGUUAGAUUAGUUUAGAAUUAUCCUUUUAGACUUUCCCAGCGAAGACAUAUUGUUUUGGGACAUAUUGUUUUAGAUUGUUUUAUCUCUCACAGCUUUCUCCCAGCUCUCUGCUGACGAGACUAGCGCCACAUAUGGAGUUGUUUAUUUUAUCUGUUUAUUAUUUUCUUAUCCUGUUCUCACUGUCUUUCCUAUAAAAAGUGCCAAGCCUCUGUUCACGACGUGAGUUGUUCUCAGCAGCUCACCCGUGUACACGUUUAGCAAAGAAAGUAACUUUGUCUCAUUGUGUCUUUAUUUCUCCUGGGUUUUUUACAGAGUUUUCCCCCAACAUUUCUUGGUCCUUCGAGCCGGAGCGCCUCCAUCGUGUCCCAUCUCCGUGACCAGUCCACGUUGUUCGCCUGUCGACAGCUCACACACCAGGUGUGUGGAAAAAGACCAAGAGCGUUAAAUUCGGGUCUUGGCCAACGUCUUAGAAAGCGACCCACGGUGGUGGGGCCCGAUCGAGGUGGACCAGACCCGGCGACACUGACCAGUGUCUUGCAGAUUACAGCCCGGUGACUGGGUUCUGAUAAAGGUGCUCCAAAGGAAAAACUGGAGCGCACCCAGGUGGGAGGGACCACAUCAGGUUCUCCUCACCACGCCCACCGCUUGCAAAAUUGCGGAACGACCAUCCUGGAUCCAUCAGAGUCACUGCAGGCGAGUAAGUGAAGCCAUCUAAACUCAGUCGACACAGGCUCGCCCAAUUGUUGUGAUCUCGCCCGGUGGAGGGAACAGCCUUUCUGGCCGGGGGGUCUACUCACGACAGGAGGGUGUGUCCUGUUGUCAUGAGGUGGUGGCUCCUAAUAACUGCAGCGGCCCUGACCCUGGCCGGGCUCCUCAUCUUUGCUUCCGUGAGGGACAACAAGUCACGCUAUCUGAAGAAACGGCAGACACUGUAUGACAAAGGAAAGUACACCAAGUUUCCCCAUGGCUACGCCACUAACUUCUGGUGGCAGCUUAUGAACACUACAGCUCACCUGAAUAAUAAAACUGACUGCUAUGCAUGUACCCAUAUGCCCCUAUCCUCACAGACGUCUGGCCUGUGGCCGUACAGCAUACCUGAAGAUCGCAGUUGGUGCCUGUUGGGCCUGGCAACACAUCCAGGCUACGGUACUCUUUGGUCCAAGGCCAACUACAGCAUCCCAGCUAAAGCAACCUGGAGGUCAUCGUCACUCACGAAUGUGCACUGUUCCGGACAGACCUACCUACUGACCUGGCCCCAAGUCUCAGACCCACUGCCUGAUGUAAUUCUACUGAACAAACUGAACGCAUCACAACUGCCAGUAUGUGUGAUGAACAAUGGAUCGCGGGCAGUGGGGGAGCUGCCUACUCACCUAUGUAAGUACAUAUACACUUUCUGCCCACCGAGGAAUGAGAGGAAGUGUAUGGCCUGUUCAACCAACACAACCUGUGCCAGGAACGCGACGCUGAUGAGCCUCAACUGUCGCCCCGACUACAGCUACCGAAUGCCACUACAAACAAAGACUCAGUACCAGACAGGAUGUGCACGGACGGCACCCAGCAGUAGAGGAACCAGAGUUUUGGCUGACUGGUACUUCCUAUGUGGCAAUAAGGCUUAUCUGUCACUCCCUGAAGGUUGGGGGGGUCUGUGCGCCCUGGUGCAAUUAUCAGAUCACGUCUUCUUCAUGCAACGUGUUGCACAUCACCCAAGCCGCCGACAGAGACGUGAAGUGGACAUCGCCUCCCCCAAUUCUUUCGGCAUUACAGUGGACACUGGAGUGCCGGGAGAGUUUCGCAUCUGGGGAGGAGGAGCGAAAUUCUUACAGAGCUUGGUCCCCGGCAUUGGAGUUGCCGAGGUGCGGGAUCACGUGGAAAUCAACCGAUAUGCUCUGCUACGACACAUCAACUUAACUAAGGCCCUGGGAACGGCCUUAGCAGGAGAACAGCAGGCCAUCAGAACGAUGGUGCUGCAGAAUAGACUGACACUAGACCUGCUAACAGCAUCACAAGGAGGAGUUUGUAAGCUGAUCGGGGAGACAUGUUGCACUUUUAUCCCUGAUGGAUACGAAGCUGGAGGAGACAUUUAUGAAGCUUUGCAGAAUUUGACCGUUUUGCAACAAUAUGUCACUGACCACACACCUGGAGCAGCUACAGCACAAGGCUGGCUGGACUGGCUGUUCGGCGGUCCAUGGCUGGCUGCUGUAGCAAAACCGUUUGUCCUUCUAGGUCUCAUCAUGAUAGCACUGCUCAUAUUAGUGUUGUGUGUGUUGCCAUGUCUAAGAGUAAUGAUUUCAAAGAUGAUAACAACUACAAUGACUGCUUAUGUUGCCGUGCCUCAAGAAGAACAGCAUCCCGUUGCAAUUCUGUUAGAGGAACUUGUAAUAGCUGCUAAUAAAUGACGUGGUGAUUAAAAAUGACUUGUCAAGUGAUCAUGCACUGAUUAACACAUUAGUAGUUUAUACAGGUACAACAUAAGGUUUUCUUAUUCUUUUAUUUUUUUAUUUUUUGUAGUUUUAGUUUUAUUAUUUUUCUUCAUUAUUACUUUUAUAUUUUCUUUUACUGUGUCUUCCUUAAUUCUUUUAUUCUUUUAUUGUUUUAUUCUUUAGGCCACAUGAUUUACAUUUCUGCUUUGUUGACAUUUUGACCAUUAAAAAAUUGCUAAAGAUACUUAAUAAAUAACCUUCACAGACAAUUGUUGUAUACAUUUAAAAUAAGUUAAAACAGGAGGGAAUGUUAGUGGAAAAUGAUUCUAUGUUUCUUUACCUUCUUUUAAAUGUACAAAGAUGCCUUUUCUCUGCCCUUUGUCUAUGGUUAGAUUAGUUUAGAAUUAUCCUUUUAGACUUUCCCAGCGAAGACAUAUUGUUUUGGGACAUAUUGUUUUAGAUUGUUUUAUCUCUCACAGCUUUCUCCCAGCUCUCUGCUGACGAGACUAGCGCCACAUAUGGAGUUGUUUAUUUUAUCUGUUUAUUAUUUUCUUAUCCUGUUCUCACUGUCUUUCCUAUAAAAAGUGCCAAGCCUCUGUUCACGACGUGAGUUGUUCUCAGCAGCUCACCCGUGUACACGUUUAGCAAAGAAAGUAACUUUGUCUCAUUGUGUCUUUAUUUCUCCUGGGUUUUUUACAGAGUUUUCCCCCA